AGCACCCACCAUGGACACAAGCUUACCCGCUGUUCGCGCUAAUAGCACACGAGGGGGGAUUGGGGGCGUUCCUUGUGCAACUCCGUCCCAGCUUAAUCCGCUUCAAGCCUUGGCGCACUUGGUGAACCCUCUCGGCGCUACCCACGACUCGCCAGUGCUAUUGCCAUUAUUGCAGCAGGUCGAGGCCUCUCCUACAACAGGGAUACAUCAGCUGUGCCCUCCGCUCUUCCAGUCGCAGUCGCAGCCAGCUCGCCUGCCCCUGCCGAUUCCAGUCCGAACGGAGGCCGCCGCGGUGCCAGAGACGAACCGGGGCAUCAAACGCGAGUAUGAGGCUCGCAUAGGCAACGGCAAGCAAUCUGUUGCAAACUCAGAUGGAUGGCAGUGGCGAAAGUAUGGCGAGAAGCUUGUAAAGGGAAGCCAGCAUCCGUGGAGUUACUACAAAUGCAGUCACCCGGGCUGCACUGCAAAAAAGAAAGUAUGGCGCUCGAAGGACGACGGUGCGGUGCUCACAACCGAGUACAAGGGAGAGCACUGUCACGCCGCUCCACUGACGUGCAAGCCGUCACGCUUCAAGCCAAAGCCUAAAGCGGAGCCGGUUGCAGCGGCAUUCCAGCGGGGGCAAGUUCCGGAGGCGUCGGCACUGUCCCAAUUCCCGUCAGGCAUGCUUGGCAUGCCGGCAUUGGGCAUGCAAACCAUAUGCGGUGGAGGGAUGCUGCCCAUUCCGGAUACCCUCCAAAGCGACUUUCCAGCGGUAACCCACGCCGCGGCGAGCAUGGCGGUUGAGCCCGAGGAUGACACGGACGCCAGCGACCCGGAACCAGCAAUGGUACUACGCGCUGCGCCGCAGGAUGCACGAGCGGCGCAUGCGGCAGCUGCAGCUUUCCGGAGCAUGCGUGAGGCUCAGGACUCACCCAGCAAACGCUUGGACAUGCUUGCGGCGUAUGCCGAGGAGGCUCAGCGGGAGUACUUGUCGCAUAGCAACAGCCCGGACCUAGGGCCCAGCUCAAAGCGGCAGCGGACGGAGGGGUCAGCGUCGCGGAACAGGUUAAUCGGGGACGAAGAUGAGGACCCAUCGGUUGUCUCGGGCGUGCAGCACCUUGUCGACGGUUCCGACUUGGACGAUGGAUUCAGGUGGCGCAAGUACGGGGAGAAGAAGGUAAAGGGCAACGAGUUUCCCCGGGCCUACUACAAGUGCACGCAGCCCGGGUGCCCGGUGCGCAAGCAUGUGGAACGGCACCCCACGGAGGAGGCCAAGUUCAUCGUGACGUACGAGGGACAGCACACCCACGCAGCUCCAGACGCCUACCGUCGGCGCGGAAUGAAAGAUGGGGAGGGCUACGAGUUGGGCGACGCAAGGGAGGACAGCUCGCAGCCCAUGAGCCCGCGUUUCGGGGCCCCGGGCACGCAGCCCGCACCGCCGCUGCCGCUGCCGGGACCCCAGCCUGGAGCUGCUGCUGACGCAACCCAGCAGGCGCAGCAGCAGGGCAACGAGUUGCAGCCGGCCAUGCUUCAGCACGCGGUGGUGACUAACGCCAUGCCGAUGUUGCCGUACAAUGCCCUAACGAGCGAGGCGCUCGCAAGCCUGGGCCUGAGCGUGGAUGCACUGCAGGGCAUGGAGACGUUGGGCGCUUUGAACGGCAACCUGGCCGACCUAGCAACCCUGCUGAGGCAGCACACGCAGGCCGACAUGGCGAUUGCGGCGCAGGCGCAAGCCAUGGAGGCCGGCUGGGACCCGCUUGCAUGCCUGAUCACACCCCGGCCCAACGUGUCACCGGCGGGGCUUCCUUUCGGACACACAGGGCCUUCGGGCGGGACGGGGAAACAGGGCAAGCCAGCGGCUCAGGCCAGGCAGCAGGUGGCGACGACAGAUGCAUAAGCACCCGGCGAGGGAUACUCGUGGUUGGAACUUAAUGCAGCGGUGAGGCCGACCGCAACACUGCGGCUGGCGUGUUGAGCAGGAUGUGAGAAGGGGGCUCGGUUUAACCGACUUUGGGGCAUAUUUGGGUAGUGUGCCUCCAUUUAAGCAGUGGGUUGGGAGGGUAUCGUUAUCUCCAAGUGCAGGGUGACUCGCUGCUGAGCUUUGACGCCAUGUUUCGAAAGGCAGCAUGACAUGAUCUGCAGACUUCUUUUCCGAGAGACACCCAUGACAUUUGCGUGGUGCAUAGGCGGCGCUUGUCCCUGUUAGUGAUGUCGAUGUCGAGUUGUUGACCCGGUGCAGGGGAAAACCGCGGUCGUGGAGUAGCCCGUGUUGUUGUGCAGGAGCGAUGGUUUGUAGUGUAGCCUUUAGGAAGCGCUUAUCAAUGUAGGGCAUCGCUGCACAACUCAUGCGAAUUAGGAGGGACCUGGUCAUACUAGGCCUCAACACAAUUGUUCCUUAAUAUAACUUACCACAAGCUGAAAAUGCCUUCGCA